GAAUGCGCAUAGAAGAAAACAUCCCUGAGAGCUGGGGAUUUGUCCUAAGCAUGAAAGCUUAUAGUUUUCUGUUGCGUGUAGACGAGGAAAGUCUGAAUGGAUUAAUAACAGUGAUGGUUAAAGCGAAAGAAAGGCUUUACUGGCUGAAUAAUUAGGAACUGUAUGAAGUUUAUGUAAGCUUUGUUCGGUGGCAGCUCGAGGUGAAGUCCUCCAGCGGCGGUGUGAGCAGUUUGCCGGCCGGUGUUAAGCGUCUGAGCUAGCAAGAAACCUAAACGGAGUUGUUAGCUUAGCGAAGCCUUGGUUCGCUCUCACGCGCGGUGUUUAUUUCACUUUUAGCCAGUUUAUUCCUCAUUAUAAGUAAUUAGAGCUAUGAGUGUCGCGGUGUAUGUUUUAUCCACGGUUACCGGUUAUGUGCUCACAUCCGCCUUGUUGCUGAAAUGUCCGUCGUUGCUGCAUCGUAAGAAGCGCGAGACGUUCCGCAGCCGCCACAUCUCACACCGGGGCGGUGCAGGUGAGAACCUGGAGAACACCAUGGCAGCCUUCAGGCAUGCUGUACAGCUUGGCACUGACAUGCUGGAGCUGGACUGUCAUUUGACCAAGGACGAGCAGGUGGUGGUGUUGCAUGACUCCAACCUGAAGAGGUCGACAGGAGUUAGCGCCAACAUUUCCGAUGUUGCGUAUGCCGAUCUUCCACCUUAUUUGUGUAAACUUGGUGUGACUUUCAAGCGAGAGUGUUUUGUCGAAGGAGGUGACGAUAAAAACAUCCCUCUGCUGAGAGACGUAUUUGAGGCUUUCCCAAAGACCCCCAUUAACGUUGACAUCAAAGUCAAUGAUGACACACUCAUCAGGAAGGUCUCUGAGCUGGUCGUUAAAUAUGAUCGGGAGCAGCUGACUGUAUGGGGUAACUCCAGUGACCAGAUAGUUCAGAAAUGCUACAAAGAGAACCCUCGGAUCCCACUGCUGUUCAGUUUACGCAGAGUGUUGGUCCUCAUGGGGCUUUUCUACACCGGCCUUCUCCCCUUUGUACCCCUUAAGGAGCAGUUCUUGGAAAUCCCCAUGCCUUCUAUUACUUUCAAACUCCGAGACUCCAGGAAGAUGACACGGCGUGAACGCUUCAUCACUUGGCUGGCGGACACCCUCCUCAUGAGAAAAGCUCUGUUUGACCAUCUAUCAGCUCGUGGAAUACAGGUCUAUUUGUGGGUGCUGAACGAUGAGGAAGACUUUAAACGCGCGUUUAACAUCGGGGCCACCGGCGUGAUGACUGACUACCCCAGCAAGCUCAAAGAGUUCAUGGAGAAUAACGUCCCUUCUACAUACAAAUGACUUGUUAAGAGAGAACAGCUGACUUUAUUCAUUUUCUACUCUAUUUUUUCACCUUUCUGUGUGGCUUGGUCGGAAUAUCCUGUAGUCUUUUUUUUUUUUUUUUUUUUUUUUUUUUACACAACAGCAUUUGGAUGUGUGAAGUAACGGAAGAGGCUGAUAGGAGAGUGCUUACCACUUUUUUAGUAAUUAAUUACUUAUUAAUAAUUUAACAAAAUAAUAAUUAUAUAUUUUUGCCCAUAAUAGAUCUCUUUUUGAAAACAGUAGCACACAUUAUCCAUAGCAGAGCCAGGUAGUUAUCAUAAAAAAAAAAAAUGUGUGAAAGCAUGUUAGUACAUUAGUAUAGAAAUGUUUUGUUUUUUUAAUUAUUAUUUUUUUAAUUAAAGCCUAGAGGCAAAAAUAUAUUACAAGAGUAGAGGGACAUAUGAUGAUAAAUUACACAGGCCUAGUUUUACUACUGAUUUAUAAUACAGCCUCAUUAAUUCACCCUAACAGAACUUACCCAGAAAGCAUUGCAAUCUGAUACACAAUUCCAUUUCACAGUGGAAUUUGAAUUUAAUGAAGCUGCUUAUAAAUGUAAACCUGGAGCAGCAAAAUACUAAAUAUUUCAUCAUCUUCAGUGCAUAAUUCAAAGGUCAUACCAUUGCGGUUGAAAUAACAAAUCUGUUUUCUGCUCCACUCUACAGUCUUUGUGCCGCAAGUGUCCAAAUUGAUACUGAUUACUAUUAACUCUUCUGAACGGCGAAGAGAAGUCAUCAAGAGCAGAAAAAGUAUUUAUGAUACAGGGCAGGUCGGGCACAUAGCUGACACGGCAACGUGCCAGCACUGAACCUCUCAUGCAGUUCAUCACUCGGACGCAGCCAGUAAUACAAUACGUUAGUUAGCAACAAAUGACCGCUAAGUAGUAUGCCUCUUGUGUUUACAAAUAAAUACUUUAGUCUAUAAGCAUGUCUUAUCACAAAGCCGUGACAGACGAUAUUUUGGUACUGUAGGGUUAUCUCAAGCAAUAGCACUUUCUUUUUCAGUUUUUCAUUAUCUUUAGCUUGUGAAAGUAUUUAAUUGCCGUAGUGAUGUAUGCAUUUUUCAGAGGCAGUAAAUAACUCCAUGUAGUUCAUAAAAUUGCAGUGGAGUGGUCAAGCACAUAACUGCCUGUUUUGAUUUUCAGCUGUGUUCUGAUCACAUGGAUUAAAGGAAUCCUCAGCGUUUUGUUAACAUUUCAAAUAUGCUACUAAAUAACGCACAUUGAAAACUUCUACACGUUAACAAUGAUCAGCAUAGGAUGUGAUGGACAAUCAACACCAAAGCAAUGAAGUAAGAAAAAUAAGUAAGAAAAUAAGGCAUGUCCAUGUUUACAGUGGCAAACAAAUCAUUAAUUAUUCCCUGUCAAAUAAGUAGAACCAUCUAUAAAAUAUAGAGCUUAAUUUGCAAGAGAUUUGACAGCAGAAUUUAUUAAAGGGUUCUAUCAAAAUAUAUUUUGCAACAAGCUCAAUACUUUUUUUUGUUUGCUCCAACAACUUUGUACUUUUUCCCAAUGGUACAUUUGACUUCAUUUUAUAAUUGAAUUUAGAAUAAAUAGGGUGUGUGGUGUGGGGUUUUUUUUGUUUGUUUGUUUGGUUCCUUUUUCAGUACAAGGACAUGUCAGAAUUUCUGUCUGGGGUAAUUGCACGUGCAGUAAAGUUAAGGUAGAUGGAGGUUAUGUUGAAAAAGUGAUGGAACAUUCCUUUAAUAUAUGGAAAGAUAGACAUAUAAUGAUGCUGUAGACCAUUUUCUGUGUCGUAAAAAUGUUUAUUUAAAAGCCAUAGGUUUUAGAUAGAUUUCAGUGCAAUCUUAUACUUUAUCCAGCCAUCCGUCUUCUGUACCGCUUGUCCUACAUAGGGUCGUGGGGAGCCUGGAGCCUAUCCCAGGGGACUCAGUGCACAGGGCAGGGGGCAACCUGGACAGAGUGCCACCCAUCUCAAGGGCACAAUUGGAAACCCUUGAAGCAAGCAGAACAUGCAAACUCCAUGCACGUGGGGCGGAUGCGGGAAUCGAACCCCCAGCCCUUGAUGUGCAAAGCAAACGUACUACCCGCUAAGCCACUUUGCCCCCCCCUCUCUUAUUACCUUUAUGUUAUAUAAUGUAAUGAAUGUGAUAACAUGCCAGGAAAGUAAUUUUAUAAAAAGCUGUCUUGGAAGCUUUAGCAAGACGUUGGGAUAAUUGUUAGGCCAGUGUCAAUUAUAUAAUAACUGAAGAUUAUUUACUGUAUGAACUUUUUCAUUUCUGAUUAUGUCAGUUAAAUAUAGAUGUAAACAAUGAGCUCAAUGCUGAAUAUAUUUUAAAACAGUAUAUUUUUUAAAUGGCUGAUUUCUCAUUGUGUUUGUUCUUUUGUACUUUGUGUUUGUGUAUCUACUGUGGUAAUUUAACAGUGACUGUGUUUCCCCACCCCCCAA